UUACUGUUCGGCUCACUGCGAUCACAUACCAUCCAGCAUCACAUGGCACUGUUCUUUCUUCAGAAGUGCCUUGGGUUGGAUUAUUUCAAAUCCUUUAGAGAAUGACCUGGAGCCAGAUGGCAAAACACUGGAGAAAGCCAUGAGUGCGUACCAAAGAGCACAAGGCUGUUGGAUAGCGGCUCAACCUGGAAUGGAUGACAUCUUCGGGUGACUUUUCGUUGUACAGCUACGAUUGCUUUUGUGAUGGCGACCAGUGGCAGUACCAAUACGUCUUCCACGCUGAGAGCGUUCACCCCUGGUCAUCACCCAGCUUGUCGCGGGUCAACAGUGUGCCAGACCUGUUGGAGCUGCUAUCUGGCGACAAGGAGGCCACCACGAAAUUCGUGGUGGGCAUCAUCGCUUUAUUGGCCGGGAACUUGAUCGCCAAGGGUCAACUUGCUGAGCUGCUGAGUUUCAUCGUUUUCUUCCUGGCUGUUGGCGUCCUCCAAUGGCCCCUGGCGGCCAAAAGUGCCGCGGGGCUCUUGGUUUGUUACUUCUUGAGCUCUCUGCACGAUGGCGUCUCCCUGGAAUGGGCGGCGUUUGUCACCGAAAAUGAGGCGAUUGUCAACGUAACGGACAUGUUUAAUGAACAGGUGAUGAUUGGAGAGAAGUUGAUGGAAGGCGGACUUGAUCAAGUCUGGUACAUCACCGACGACAAUCUUCCGAGUGACAUUAAGGCGACGAAAGGUUCGUCCUUUGAUGAUGUCUCCUGGAUUGUUGGACUUUCCAGGGUAGACAGAGAAAACUUCCUCAUCGUAGACAUUCAUCUUGGGCCGGAGAAAGUCAAGGAGCAUGAACCAGGAACGAAGGAAUCUGUCUUGAUCAAUACUUGUGAAAAAGCCGGCCAAGUCUUGAUUGACCAAGAUCAAAUCGGCGCCGACAGGCGCCGAUCGCAAUAUCGCGAGCAGAGUGUACACGUCGCCUGUAGCGAAAUGAUUUGGACAUGCCGUAGGGAUAAGCUGGAAGAUGAGUCUGGCAAGAAUGUUGAGCAUUGGUCUGAAUGGGGAGUCGACAAAGGAAAUAAUCGGCCUGCCACUGCGGAAGUCUUUCUUCCCUUUGGCCAGAAUAUACCCAGAUGGAAGCUGGCGACCCGAUCCCACUGCCCACGGAUAUGCACGUCCGUGCUGGCGUUGAAGGGAUUCAACCAAGGAAGUCACGAUUGA